GCGGGAAUUUGCCUCCUCGAACAGCCGAGAGUGGGUUGCGGUCGUCAGAGCUUCUGCUCGCCCGUCUUCCCUGUUGCCUUUUGUCGGGCUGGGGACAGUGUUGCCUUCCCGUCCGUCCUCGUUCGUCCUCGUUCGACCUCACUCGGCCUUCGCGGCGUUUUCUGGUCUCUAUUCAUUUGCCCGUAUUGAAAGGUCAUUAUGCGGGCGAGGCGUUGUGAUUGAGCCCGGCCGGUUUUGCUGUUCUGCUGUCGUUGUUGGCGGGAACCGGCGUCCUUGACGGGAGAGCCGAACGCCAGGCGAUCACGAAAUGGGUCGUUGAGUGUAUUAUAUCGAGGACGGCCCCUGAAUUGGAGGGUGCUGCCUGGCUUCCAUAUGUUCGCCUACGGCGAGUUUGUCGUACAAUCGCCCCCCGCCCCCCACCUUCACCUCACCCAGGAGUCUUCUCCUUGAGGUCAGUGCGAAAAGCGUCCAUCGUUCCGGUCUAGUGGUGGGGGGUGAGAGAGAGAGAGAGAGAGAGAGAGAGAGAGAGAGAGAGAGAGAGAGAGAGAUUGGGGGGGAGGGAACGGGAACGGGUCGGUCUGUCAGUUGUUGAAGGUCUGUCGCGAACGAGGCAAGUAGAAGUGGGCAGGAAGUGGGAGGCGAGGUGGAAAGUGACAGUGGGGAAAUCUUUCCUCUGUUGCGCGUCUUUCAAACUCGACGAUGGCGGCUGCCGCGAGUAGAGCGAGGGCCGAUUAUGACUAUCUCAUCAAGCUGCUCCUCAUCGGCGACAGCGGUGUCGGCAAGAGUUGUCUUCUUCUUCGUUUCUCCGAUGACUCUUUCACGACGAGCUUUAUCACGACGAUAGGAAUUGACUUCAAAAUUCGGACAAUCGAGUUGGAUGGGAAGCGCAUCAAGCUGCAAAUUUGGGAUACAGCUGGUCAAGAACGGUUCCGUACCAUCACCACAGCGUAUUACCGAGGAGCUAUGGGCAUUCUGCUGGUUUAUGAUGUCACUGAUGAGGCAUCUUUCAAUAAUAUUCGAAAUUGGAUACGCAACAUUGAGCAGCAUGCAUCGGACACGGUGAAUAAGAUCUUGAUUGGUAAUAAGGCGGACAUGGAUGAGAGCAAAAGGAUGGUUUCAACAGCACGUGGUCAGGCUCUUGCGGACGAAUUUGGGAUCAAGUUCUUUGAGACGUCAGCAAAGACGAAUAUGAAUGUGGAGAAUGUUUUCUUCACAAUUGCGAGAGACAUCAAGCAGCGGCUGUCAGAAACUGCAGAACCAAGGCCACCAGAUAGCGGGCUAAGAAUUCCUCAGCGAGUGGAUCCAAGGAAACCAGUGGCAAAGCCAAAGUCAAGCUGCUGCAACACAUGAGUGGGAAUGCUCCCGUGAAGGUAGUAAUUUGAGGUGGGUGGUUGUUGGUGUCUUGCAUCUUAUCAGUAUCAUGGAAUCUUAAGAGUGUGUUUUCUUUCUAUCGGAGCGGUCGUAAGCCAGGCAGAGGUGAUAAUCCUAUUUGGAUUUGCCUGUAUCAGAUUGUAAUUAAUAUUUCUGGGGUUUUGCUGUGCUAGGAAAAGGAGACGAGGGAAAGUGCUAGCUGGGAGGGCUCAGUUAUAUUUCUUUUAGGAAGGUAAGGACUCUUCAAGGACAUACAGGCAGGGUAUCAGUACUUCUGACGAGCCUCUUUCUGCCAUCAGGAAAUCUUUUGUGUCGGCUGAGUCUUGGAACAAGCCCCAGAAGGAUGCCUUCCUCUUUCAUUCUUUCAUGGGGAUUUAUAUCCUUGGUUGCUGCCUCAAGAAAGUUGUCUAUUUUUUCAACCUCCGGAUGUGCCAUCUUGCCUUUUCCCUAAAUGGCCUACCUCACUUCGCCUCCUACAUACGUUUGCCGCAGUGAGGCUCAGUCCCUCGCAUGUGGUGCUGUGUGCUGUUGCUUGCCAUUGUCUUUUCGUAACUUCUCUACUUGCAAAUCCGUUCUUUUUUUCCUUGCUGUAGGAUUAUGAAAACCUUUGAUGUCUUGCAUCGUUUCAUGAUCCUAACAGUUCGCUUGGAUACUUAUAUGUUGGCGGUGCGAGAGUGCCAGAUGCAACGAAGGGAUGAGGGGCUGAUGAAAAUGAAAAAUCUUCCCGGUUUUUGCUUCAAUGAAGGCUUGUUGUGAUGCUACGGGCUGAUAAUCAGAAGUGCUGGAAAGUUGGGAUGGAUGGGCAUGCGAAGGGUGCAAGACAAGAUGGAGAUGAAGAAGUCCUUGUUUUCACAGUAAUGUGUACCUUGUUGCAAUUCGGUAGCAGUGGACCUUUGCGACCGCUGUCCAGGUUUGAUAUGUGGGCAGGGACAGGGUUGGUGCUUUACGUGGAAUGGAGAGUAGGAGUGCUUUUGCAGUAACGGCGGGUGGCUUAAGCUUGAGAAAGGCAUUUGCUGCGCAGCGACUCUUUAGUAACUAUGCUGCGCUUUCGCAUAUGGUUGCACUGCACUUCUGUGUUAGACCCUGUGAACCUUGGGAGUUUCCAGGCUCUUCUUGAUAUGCCUGCCUUUCUGCUCUGGGAAGUGUUUGAUGAGAUACUGGGGGUAACAGUAGCGGGGUCUGAGUGACCUUGAGUGGUGUGGGUGAGUAAUUCAGAUUUUACCCUGUUGCCACCCAAUGGGUGGGCUCCAAUUCAUUUCCGUAACUUAUGAUUAAAGAAAAGGCCCAUAGCAGACCCUGUGCCCCAGUGACGAGUGGCUAGUCAUUUGUUGUUGGCAUUGUAGCCGGAAAAUUUGCUUUCUUCGUCGCGGUUUUAGUUUUUGGCUUCUAAUCACCUCAAAGUGCCCAGGCCAUUCAAGUUGGUACGGGUAUGUCUGACCCGCUAUUGCACUGUGCAUUUGUUUUUAAAAUUGGAUAAGUUGUUUUAUCUGCACAAAAGCUCAAAUUUUUAAGUGUGUGAAUUGUGUCAAGUUCUCUUAAAGUGAUGCAUUUGCCAC